UACAAAUCAGUCAACUACCAAGUAUAAUUAAAGAUCAAUGUUCAGCUCCUUUCUUCUAGUAUGUAAUUUCUCUGUAAUGGUAUGUAAUUUCUCAUGAAAAUGACUUCUUCUGAGAAUAUUCUCUAUGAACUACGAAACACUGCCGAGUGGAUUGUUCCUCAAUCUCCUGAAGCACAAGGCAGUGGUGCUGGAACAAAUGGACCUAAGGGGAGCCAAACUGCAAGUCUUCACAAGAUUUUGUCUACGGCAAAAGGGCUGCUGAGUUUUGCAUCACCCUUCACACCCAGGCUCACCUCUCAAAUUUCUGAUGUACUGGGCUGCAAAUGCUCUUGGAAUUUGAACUACUGCGCUGCGGGAGGAGGUGUGGUGGCCAUCCUACAGGAGUCUCUCCUAGAAAUACGACAUGCCAAGCAUGACUUCCAGGACAUCAUCGGCUCUUCUGAUGCAUUGCAUCCGGACCAGCACCCCCAGUGGCGGGUGGUGGCGUGGGCAGGCAGUGGCAGUGUGGUGGCAGUGUCGUACAGUGACGGGGUAGUGCAGCUCUUCUCUACCCUAGCACAGCUGCUCUACACUAUCUACCCUCCUAGGUACACAGAAGGGGCUGUAUAUUCCGAGCCUCGUGGCGCUAUCGCAGCGCUCGUCAUCAAUGAAGACAACCUCCCCGGCGAUAAGUGGCUGUGCGAGGUGCUGUGCGUAGAGUACAGCGGCGUCGUACGCAGUUACCUCGUGUCAGCGUCUGAAGGCUACCAGACAUACGUACGCUGUACGCUGGACAGCUGCUACCAGCACGGCAUUACGGCUGCUACCAUGUACAGGUGGGGUGGGGCGNCAUCACCUCCAGCAGGUGGGUCAUCACCUCCAGCAGGUGGGUCAUCACCUCCAGCAGGUGGGUCAUCACCUCCAGCAGGUGGGGCAUCACCUCCAGCAGGUGGGUCAUCACCUCCAGCAGGUGGGUCAUCACCUCCAGCAGGUGUGUCAUCACCUCCAGCAGGUGGGUCAUCACCUCCAGCAAGUGGGUCAUCACCUCCAGCAGGUGGGCAUCACCUCCAGCAGGUGUGUCAUCACCUCCAGCAGUUGUUUAUUUUAAACGGUGCACAGGUGUCGAGUCUACCAGAGGACGACAGCUACGAGCCGCCGUCAGUAUCCCUGGCGCAGCGGCUGUAUACGACGCUCGUGCCCCCAGCGACGCCCCUGAGCUGCGCCUUCAGCGUCAGGGUGUCGCCCUGCGGCAAGCAUCUCGCCGCCCUGCACCUCUCGGGGGCCGUGUCCGUGUGGCACUUUCCCUCCCUCAGGAAGUCCAAGUACUGGCUGCUGAAGGACCAGCCUGACGCCGCAGCUCUGAAGUCUUCGGCGCCCUUCAAGCUGCCGACACAGGGCAGCAGAGGCAGGGAGCUGCGGCCUGAGUUGCCAGUGGGGGUGGAGUGGUGGUGUCGCCACGACGCUCCUCACCACACUCCUGACCCCAACCCUGCCAUACGUAACCCCAACCCUGCCGUACGUAACCCCAACCCUGCUGUGAGUGCCCCCUGUGGGGCUCAGUUCCUGUGCCUGGAGUUGGAGCGCAGCCUGGGGCGGCGACAGCGCACCGUCACCGGCACCUUCAGCCACGGCCUUCCACCGAGCGGUGAGACUGAAGAGCUACAAUGGCAAGGAGGUCCUGAAGGAGGCGCUGAAGAGUUCCCCGAACCUGGAGGUUCUGAGGAAGAGGGCGGCGCCAAUAGCGAGGUCGGCGCCCCUGGCGUGGGCGGCGCCCCUGGCGUGCGCCUCAUGAGGCGCCUGCUGCUCAUGUUCUGGCGCCUUCUUUACUGGCUCACUGACGACCCUAGGUUCUUGGUGUUGGAGAGCCACCUGCUGGAGGAGCGCUACCGCCUCGUGCUCUUCAGGAGCAGUUCGCCUGAACAGCUCUUCUAUAACAAAAUAAAGGAGCAGGAGUACGGCGAGGCGCUGCUGCUGGCCCACACUUAUGGCCUGGACAGCGACCUGGUAUACCAGGCGCAGUGGUCACACUCGGGCGCAACCCUGGAGAGCAUCAGCGACUACCUCAGCAAAGUGCGGGCGCGAUCAUGGGUACUGAAGCAGUGCUGCGACGUGGUGCCCUCACAGCUCCUGCCUGCCAGGGAGCUGCUGCUCUACGGCCUGCGUGCCACGGGUCUUAAGGUUGUGCAGCGCCUCGGUGCCUGUGAGGAAACAAACUCGUGGCAGUGCGAGGUGACGCUCUAUGACUGCGAGGACGAGGACCAGCGGUACGACCUCCUACAGGAGGAACAGCGCCUUCGCCAGCAGAUUGACUGGGAGGAUUUAAAUCGAGCGCAGCUGCAGCUGGUCAGGACCCGCCAGCUGCUGCUCAGAUACUUCGACAGACUCCUUACAUAUGAGGCGCUGCUGGGGGGCGGUCACCUGGCGCUGGAGAGGUACACGCCGGAGGGCUACUUGUCCCUGAGGACACAGAGCGCCGUGGCCGCGUGCCAGCAGUUUGCUAGGGCCGGUGACGUGGACGCCGUGGCUGUGAUGUGGACCUAUCAUGGUCCUGAUACGCUGCCUCACCGCCUCGCACUGCUAUCUAAUCUGCCUCCCACACUACGGCCUUAUGAGUACAAGUCGCUGUUGCCAGCGUGUGACGUGGACGGCUCUGUGGUACAGUGGCAGGGGGAGGCGCUCAGGACGCCUGACUGGUGCGAGGUCGAGGCUCCCGACACCGUAACGCCUGGUAACAGUCCGAGUGAAGCAGUGGCUGACGCGUGUGAACUGUACGCUGCAGUGUCAGGACCUAAGAGCCUGAUACCUGACAGUGUUGACAGUCAGCAGCAGCUACUGUCAGUCGAAGCUGUCAGUAGCUGGUACCUGCAUCGAGCUCGUCAGCUGGAAAUGGAGUGUGGAUUAGUUGACUCGGCGCUGGAUCUGCUCAAGCUCGGCAGGGAAAAAAAUGUUCCGGGUCUGGAGGGGCUGGUGCAGACCCUGAGCUCGCUGGAGGUGCUGGUCUACGAGGCCGGUCUCAUUCACAUGACACUACAGGAGUUCACGCUACUGCCGCCAUCACGCGUCAUUGCGCUCAUGCUAGACCAGAGCGACGGGAGCAAGCUACUGCAGCGCCUCCGUCAGUGGGUGCUGCCGUACCUGUCUCGCUGCGAGACCUCGUCUGUCUCGUCUCGUGACGACCUCCUCACCGAGUACCUCGUCUCCCUGGCCCCACACCAUCUCGACCACGUCACCGACGUACUCAUGUUGGCGCGGUCGUCUCAGGAUCUGCUGGGGGAUGACGCGCUACACGCGUGCGCCGUGGCGUGCGUAUACGCCUGCGAGCGCCUCGACCAGCUCCCUGCCGCGCACGCCAUCCUGCGCGCUCUGCCUCCCGCCCCCGACGACUGCGUGCGUGAGCGCGUACAGCUGCUGGAGCUGCAGCUGUGGGCGUGCGAGAUGCUGCAGACGCGCGGGGUGCCCACGCUGCCCUCGCAACUGCGGGACGUUACGUGUACCGCCGCCCGCCACCUCUACACCAGACUAGCCCGCACGCCGCUCAAGAGACCGUCGCUCGUGAGCCUGGGUGAGUGGCGGGCGCUGCUGCACGACAUGCUGGAGCUGCAGCAGAAGCUGCUGCUCUGCUCACUGCCUAGUGACUGCUAUAAGAGCGUUGCUGAGGCGCUGCUGACAUCAGGCAAGAGCGAGUACAUAGCGCUGAGCAUUAACUUCAUGUUGCUGACCCCUCCCCAGCCCCAUAACCCCCAACAGGGGGGUGUCAGGCCCCUGACCCCUACACAGCCCCCCAACCCGUACCUGGAGGGGGUCGGCUACCCCCUGUCCCUACAGUUGGUGCUGGACGCGGCCCGUGGUUACUUCAACGCCGCCGAGCGCUACGGCGACCCUUCUUUGGACCUUGCCAGGCAUUGCCUGGACCUGCUACAGGCCGAUGAGGCAGAGUUGCAAGAGGAAGUCCAGGUCGAGAAGGAUCUCAUGACAGCUCUCGAGAUCCUGCACGAGUUCGACGAACAUCCGCUCCCUCUGCAGGUGCGCCUGUGCAGUGACCGCGUGAGCUUCAUCGCGGGCGCCGUGGAGCGUCGCCCCCACACGUGCCUGCAGCUGUGGUGGCGCCUCCUGCAGCUGGCCAGGCUCCUGAGACUGGGGCGUGAUGCUGUCUACAGGGACACCAUCGUCCUUACCUUGCUGGCGUCCCGAGCUCUGAAGGUGAGUGACAGUGAUGGCUGUGGUGAGGCUCCUGAGACUGGGGCGUGA